AUGUCUGAUCCCUAUCCUUCUCCUACUUCAAAACCUAGAGGAAGAGGAAGAGGUCGUGGACGAGGAAGCUCUAGUUAUGAUGGUGGUCGUGGACGAGGAAACACAAGUUACAGAGGAAAUACUGGAAGACCAUCAUUCCGAUCCAGAGGAGGAACCCGAGGUAGGGGCGGAAAAAACGUUCAUCAAGGUGAUAAUUUAUCGUCAUUCUCUGGAACUCAUCAAGGAAAUCGUCCAGACAGAGGAAGAGGAGGAAAAUCAAAAUUUGGUGGUGAUGGACAGAGACCAGCCCAUUCACCAUUGGAUGAUAUCAUUGAUACUUAUCUAACGGAGAAUUACAAAAAAACAAUAGAUACCGGUGAAACGAUGCUAGAACUCACCAAUAUUGCAGGAUCACAAUAUUUGAUUGGUAAUGUUCGUAAUUUUGAUCCAACUAGGAUAUACCGUAAACUGUGUGAACGUAUUGUGCAAACACUUCCGGAAGUCAAUCUGCUGGAUUUGCGAAAUAAUAAUUUGGACUCUUUGCAAAACUUUUCCAAGUUGACUGAAUUACAACAUUUAACUGGUAUAUGCCUAUCAAACAACAAUUUUAGUACUGUAGCUGAUCUUCAACCUCUGGCAGGCUUACAAUCUUUGAAGCAGCUUUAUUUAAAUGGAAACAAAUGCUAUUCCGAAGGCCCAAGUGAGCAAGAUGUCAUCACACUAUUGCAAUAUUUUCCUUGCCUCGAUGUGAUUGAUGGUGUAUUAAUUCCCGACACUUUUAAGCGUAGAGGAAGUAUUAUACCCCCUAUUAAUAUCGAAAAUGUAUAUUUGGAAAUUAACCGUGAUGUAGUCGAAAAUUUUGUUGUACUAUUUUUCGGUAGCCUCGAUGAUAACAAACAGGCCCUGAGUACACUAUUUGAUGAAGAGGGAUCUGUUAGCCUUUCAAUUGGAGACAACAUGUUAUUGGAACCUCAAUAUGCCCCGCUUCAUGAGAAAAAACGUAAUCUACAACCAAGCAACCAGGCAAUAGAUCCUCAACAUUUAAUCAGCACGGUUUUUAAGACAAAAAUUGCAAGAGAUAGUGCAUUCAAACUUUUUCCAAAAUCCAAGCACAAUGUAGAUAAGCGAUACUUGGUUGUCGAUUGUAAUGUUAUAAGUCCUCAAAAUCAAACUGUGGUAUCCCAUUGGAUGCUGACGGUUCAUGGACAUGGCACUCAUUUCAAGCCACAAGGAAUCAAAGAUUCCUUCUCUUUUACUGCAACCUUCAUUCUUAAGCAAGAAACUGAUCGUUUACUGAUCACUAAUUUGAUUUAUCAAAUAAGACCCUAUGCUGGAACAAGUCGAGAUGCAUUUGUGGAUGUUUGUCAACAGGUUAUUUAUACGAAUCAAUUAGAUCUUGCAAAACAAGCGAAAUUAAGAGAAUAUGUCUAUCGCACAAGGCUUAAACCUGAAGUUGUAUUUAAUCUCUUUAAUCUACCAGAAGUUGCAUGGACACCAAGCAAGUUCGAGCCUAUUUUUGAAAAUUACAAAAAGAAUGGAACGAUCAACGAUUCUCACAUGUUGUAG